AUGUCAGUCGAUAAGCUGUACCGCCUUGACUUGCCCUUUGCCACAGCCAUGAGUGCACCUGCCUCAAGCAAAUCGGCGCUGCGCGUCAACGUCACCAAAAUCGCUGAGCCCUUUCGGGAACACAUCCGUCACAUGACCACAGCCCGCUAUGAGACUGCUCGGCCCAAGCUUCUUGGCAUCCUAGCCAACGAUGACCCCGCGGCCAAGAAGUAUGCCGAGUGGACCGGCAAGGCUUGCCGCAGUGACGGCAUCGACUACGAACUCGACCAGGUGGAGCCCCACCGCUUGGAGGACCGCCUGGCCGAGGCCAACCAAGACCCCUCUGUACAUGGCAUUAUCAUCUAUUACCCCGUCUUCGGCUCCAAGCCCUCAUUCUUUGGCACCACCAUGGACGACGAGCUCCGUGACAAGGUGGACAUUACCAAGGAUGUGGAGGGUCUGACUCGCUACUAUCGCGAGGCGCUCUAUCGCAACCAGCGAUUCGUUGAUGAAGAGCAAACUCAGAAAUGUGUCUUGCCCUGCACCCCCCUGGCCGUCGUCAAGAUUUUGGAGGAUCUGCACGUGUACAACCCCGAUCUUCCCGUGGGCGACCGCCUUCGUGGCAAGUCAGUCACUGUUAUCAAUCGUUCUGAGGUCGUGGGCCGACCUCUCGCAGCCAUGUUGGCUAAUGACGGUGCCCAGGUCUUCUCUGUGGACAUUGACUCGAUCUAUGAGUUUCGCCGUGGCCAUCUCGAGCUCACUGAUCAGACCGUGGAAUCCGCUUGCCGGCGUUCAGACGUUAUUAUUCUCGGAGUCCCGUCCAAGGACUAUCAGCUGCCCAUCGAAUAUUGCCGCGACGAUGUGGUCAUUGUAAACGUGGCCUCCUUCCGCAACAUUGACGAAGAAGCCUUGGCUGCACAACGCCCAAAUGCUCGCUUUGUGCCCAUGGUGGGCAAGCAUUUGCGUACCCAUCACAACACGGAUAAGAUCCUCAACACUGCCCGGCAUACCUGCACACGGGAUCCCAUCAAUACUAUGCCCUGGGAGACAGUCACCGUGGCCAUGCUGGAGCGCAAUGUUCUGCGCUUGUAUGAAAAUUUCCACUCCCCGGAAGCCCGUCAGCGCCAGGCAGCUCGACAGGCCGUCCAACCUACCAGCGCCCAGGAGCAGUGGGCUUGCUGCACCCCUUUGGCAGCGAAUGGUCACGCCCGCCUCGCCCUUGUUGGAGGCCUGGGUUUUCUACUCGGCGUCGCCGCAGCCCGCAUCUAUUUUACCAGUGCCUAG